GCUGCGUCGUGCUCGGGUGUGCGUGUCCCCCAUGCCUGCAGCACAAGGAGGGGCCGGGGGCUGCGUGGGCAUGGUGCUUGUGUGCUGGCCCCUACCACGGGGCGCUGCGGCGUGGUGGGGAGCUGGCGUGCUUGCGUGGGUGCGCUUGUGUCGCGGUGUGACUCUGUGUGUAACGGGUGCCUGUCGGUGACACGGUGCCUGCGUGGGCGUGAAGCUGCAGGGUGGGGGUACCACCCCCCCGGCCCCCAUUGGCGGCUCUACUCUCGCCCACCCACACCGUGCCUUGGGCAGAGCCCCUUAUUUAACUCCGCACAGCAGCCAGCACCCCGGUACUUCGCCUCCUGGCUGAGCCUGCGCUGGGAGAGCCAUCGUCGCAGCCUGCAGCCACUGCCCACCUCACCUCGCCGUGUCUCCCGCUCUGCAGCCGCCAGCGGCGAGGGUCGCUCUGCCCCCGGCUCUGCACUGGGCGACACCUGAGGGCUCAGCAGGCCCCCCUCCCGAGGAUGAGAAGCCGCCCGGCGCUGGCGACGCUACUCGUCCUGGCGCUGCCGCUCGCCCUCGCCCGCCGCCCCCCCGCCGCCCCGCCGGGCCCCGCGCCCCCCGCACAGGGGAUGCCCGGCCCGGAGCCGCUGCCCUGGAGAGCCCGCGGCAGCCCCGGGGCCGCCUACGCCGCCGUGCUGCAGCUGCUGCGGGAGGAGGACGCCGGUCCCCCCGCGGCUCCGCAGAAGCGUAAGUCCCGCCCGGUCCCGGUCCCGGUCCCGGUCUCGGUCCCGGUUCCGGUCCCGGCGCCGCAGCCGGGCCCCGCGGCGCUGACGGCGGGUUUCUCCGCAGGGGACAUGCACGACUUCUUCGUGGGGCUCAUGGGGAAGAGGGCGGCGGAGCCCGGGCGGCCGGCGGGGCGGGGGAGCGGCGGCCCGUCCGACCGGUGCUCCCCGGGACCCCCCGCGGCCGGCGGGGCCCCGCCGCGGGCGGCGUGAGCCGCGGGCCGAGCCGGCGGGGCUGGACGGGGCGCUCCCCCGCGGCCCCCCCCCCCCCGCCACGGGGACCGGCCUGGGCCGUGCCUUGUGCCCCGCGGGCGAGGCACCGCCACCGGGGACGGCGGUACCGGCGGGGCGUCCCGGGCUCCGCCGCCGCGGAGCCGUGGUGGGAGCCGCCGGGCCCGCGCUGCCGCCGUUCCGACCCACGCACGCGUGUCCCUGCACGCGCCCCCCCGCCCCCGGCGGCAGCUGGGCCGUUCCGAACACCCGCGUACACGCACCCGUACCUGUACUGUCCGGCCGGUUACGUACACCUGUAUACAUCCACCCGUGCCUCGGCGGGACACGCGCCCCGACCGUCUCUGUCUCUUGGCUGCGCCGCGCUGCGACCCGGCGUGCCUGGCGCUGCA